UUUGGUGGGGAAGCUGAUCCCUUCCUUAUGGAAGCUCUGGGUAUUUGGGUGGGGACACUGAGUCUCAUGAAGUUCAAAUGUGUCCAUGGCUAUCAGCAGAUGGGAUGAGUGAACCGGGAGAGACGGAAGGUGUGAGUGCCUGUGGAAAGAGUAAAAGGGGCUGGGAACUUAGCUCAGUGGGAGAGUGCUUGCCUGCUCCUCCAAAGUAGGGCUAAAAAAGGUAGCUGAAAGAGGUGGAAAAAGAAACCAAAACUGACGAGGGAAAAAGGAAAUAGAUGAGAAGGGGCAAAGCUGUGAAAGACGUAAACAAUCACUAGAGGGAGAGUCACAGGCCCAUUCCCUGUCCACAGUCGUGAAGCCCCUUCUGCCCGGCCUAGUCUGAUGCCAGCUAUCCUUAUCCUUGGCUACCUCCUUCCUGGGCUCGGCCCUUUGCACUCUCAGAAGCAACCUGUUUUCCUUCCUAGGUUUACAUUUCAGAGCCAUCCUCCCAGGCUGGCCUUGGAACUGUAAAAACCCUCUUUGUUACAGGAAGAAGGGUGGCCGAGCUAUCCAGAGCUGGACAAAAAGGUUAGGGGAAGAAAUCAGCUAAGAUACCGAAAGAAACUGCCUGGAUUUGGGGCCCAGACAUCACUUACAUUACAAUGGCUACUACCCUAGCGCCCUCCCUUCCCACCUGUUUCCGUUGAUUACUUCCUCCAGCUUCCAGCUCCAGACAAGACCAACUGACUUGAUCAUGGCAGAGUACGGGACUCUCCUUCAGGACCUGACCAACAACAUCACCCUUGAAGAUCUGGAACAGCUCAAGUCAGCCUGCAAGGAGGACAUCCCCAGUGAGAAGAGUGAGGAGAUCACUACAGGAAGUGCCUGGUUUAGCUUCUUGGAGAGCCACAACAAGCUGGACAAAGACAACCUCUCCUACAUUGAGCACAUCUUUGAGAUAUCCCGUCGUCCUGACCUACUCACUAUGGUGGUCGACUACAGAACCCGCGUGCUGAAGAUCUCAGAGGAGGAUGAGCUGGACACCAAGCUAACCCGUAUCCCCAGUGCCAAGAAGUACAAAGACAUUAUCCGGCAGCCCUCUGAGGAAGAAAUCAUCAAAUUGGCUCCCCCACCAAAGAAGGCUUGAGCAAGGGGGAGGAAGAGGAGGAAGGUUGAUCUUCAUCAGACCACUCCCUUCCCCAUCCUCACCGGGAGGGGCUAGGGCACUCCCCCUGCCCUGUACCCACUUACUAACUUGGUCCUAACCCCCUUACUAUGCGCGUGUGUGUGCGUGUUCACACGCUCUGGCUGUCUGUCUGUCUAGCUCAUCUAGUUCCUCCUCCUCAUGAGGGGACUGGAGUCAGGGGAGGGGGGGCUUAACUUCCCCACUAUAGGGGAGGUGGAAGCUAUUUCUAUGUAAAUAGAAAUCGGCACAUUCCUCCUCCUCCCCUUUCCUCCACUCUUCCCCCACAUCUUUAAAGUAUGGAAGCAGAAAGGACCUGCAUUUUCCUGCACUGAGGAGUUAAGGUGAAGAUGAGGUAUGGGAGAGAUGGUUAGAGCUAAAGAAAGCUAAUGGGGAAAAAGAUAAGAGGCAACUCAACCUCUACCUGGAAGGGGAAAGCAAAGCCAGAAUUCAGUGUUUGUAAAUCUCUGCUGGACUGGCUGGAGUCCAGUUUCCUGCUGUUCCUUAGGCUGAAGUCCUGAGCGCCAGUAGGCCCUCUUUUAUGCCCUUGUCACGGACCUGGGAUGGGUAUGAGCCAGAAAUCUUAAUGAGAAGACCACUAGAUCCUUUCCUGGCCCCCAAAAAUCAAACCCCAUGGAGAAGCCAGCAUUUGAUGUCCCCAACUUCUGCUCUGGAGAGACUAUGCUGGGACCAAGCACUACUGAGCCUGAGAUAGGGAUGCAGGCAGAGACAGGCCCACUUUCUACUCCUUUAUUCCUAAAUAUAGACUGUUGAAUAUACUGACCCUGAGUCUAAGGAGGUUGGGGAAUGAGAUCUGUAGGUUUUAACCUCAACCUGCCCACACCUACAGGGUCCCAAUAUGGAUAUUGUAGGUAGCCUUCACACUCUAGAAUACCCCCAAAAGGAGUUAAUUACAAUGGUUUCCUUUGCGCUGAUUACCACCCUAAUUCAAUCCAGGAAGGGACUUAGUCACCUUUCUCAUUUGGGUUUAUGGAUGCCAAGUCACAGAGUACAGUGAGUGAACCCAGCCUCCUACCUGUCCCAAGAUGCCCUUCCCCAUCUUGACCGUGCUAACUGUGUGUACAUAUAUAUUCUACAUAUAUGUAUAUUAAACCCGCACUGCCAUGUCUGCCCUUUUUUGUGGUUUUUAGCAUUAACUUAUUGUCUAGGCCAGAGCAGGAGUGGGAGGGGAUUGUCACAGUGAAGAGAGUGACAGAGCCAAAUUGUUACAUAGCCCAAAUGGAAAAGAAAGCAUUUAAACCAACCACAGCAAACAUUAAAUUUACACGUGAGCUCAGAGACUAUUUAGAGGAAACUGAAGGUAGGAGCUUCUAGGAUGUGGGAGCAAAGCUUCACAGGAGGGGAGGCCAGGCUGUCAGAAGAGGAAGAAGCCAGACUGGCUAGCUAGCGCAUUCAACUCCUAGCCCAGCCCAGUCUGCCCAUCCCCUCUGGCCACUGCUGCAGACACCUGCCUUAACACACACACCUCCAUGACUCCAGUUUUGCCUUAAAGGUCCUCCCUAAAUCUCCCUAGUCCUGUCUGGCUUCUCCUUUAAGAAAAUAGAGACUUGUACAGCUGGGAGAAAGGAACUAAGCAUAAACCAUCCUUCCAUCUGGGAUGACAUGAGAGCGAGACAGGGCUUUCCUUAUUUAUGGGAGAAACAGGAGAAGAGAGAGGGUGUUUUUCAGCAGUUUCUCUGUAAGACAAAAAAAAAAAAAAAAAAAAAAAACCUUAAAUAGACUAACCUGCCCUAAUAGACUGACCUACCCUGCUAUCCUUGUGCUGCCGUGAGGUUGCUCCUAGCCUGUGCUCCUGUCUGCAGCAUGCACGGCCUUGUUCUAACCCUGGAAUAAAGGUGACUGACUGUACUGUA